ACUCGAGCAGGCUGGCUGGAGCUCGCUAGACUAGCUUCUCGGAACUGUCAAUUCAUUGUCCGAGACUAUCAAAAAUGGCAUCUUCUAGUAGUACAUACAGGCUCAGUUGCACCAUCCCUGGCCAUGAGAUGGAUGUGAGGGGCCUUGCCACUGCUGCUUUCCCCGAGGGAGGGUUUGUGUCUGUGUCCCGAGACAGAACAGCAAGAGUAUGGGCACCAAAUGCAAGUCCUGAUGGUGGUUUCUGUGAAGCCCACUGUAUGAGUGGUCAUUCCAACUUCGUCUCGUGUGUCUGCAUCAUCGCGCCCAAUGAGACCUACCCACGCGGACUCAUCGUAACUGGCGGCAACGACAACAACAUCUGCGUCUUCUCUCUGGAUCGAGCCGAACCCAUGUAUACCCUCAAAGGACACAAGAACACAGUGUGUUCCCUGUCUGCUGGGCGGUUUGGGACGCUCCUCAGCGGCUCCUGGGACACUACAGCUAAAGUCUGGCUCAACGACAAGUGCAUGAUGACGCUGCAGGGCCACUCUGCGGCGGUGUGGGCCGUAGUCAUUCUGCCGGAACAGGGCCUGAUGCUGACCGGAUCCGCCGACAAGACCAUCAAGCUGUGGAAGGCUGGACGCUGCGAGAGGACCUACUCUGGCCAUGAGGAUUGUGUUCGUGGCUUGGCGGUUGUGAGUGAUCUCGAGUUCUUCUCGUGUAGUAACGACGCCAGUAUUCGCCGCUGGAUGGUGACGGGGGAGUGUGUUCAAGUCUACUACAGCCACACCAACUACAUAUACAGCCUGGCAGUCUUCCCCAACGGACAAGACUUUGUGAGUACUGGUGAGGACCGGACUGCGCGUGUGUGGAGGGGCGGGGAGUGUGUCCAGACCAUCCGGUUGCCGGCCCAAUCAGUGUGGAGCUGCUGUGUACUGGCCAAUGGGGACAUCGCAGUCGGGGCCAGUGACGGCAUGAUUCGUGUCUUCUCGGCGUGUGAGGAGCGCGUGGCGAGUGCCGCUGACCUGGCGGCGUUUGAGGAGGAGCUGUCGAGAGCCACCAUCGACCCCAAGACUGGAGACCUGGGAGACAUCAAGAUGGAGGAGUUACCCGGCAGAGAACAUCUCAUAGAACCAGGUAACCGUGACGGCCAGACGCGCCUGAUAAAGGAGGAGGGGCACGUGGAGGCGUAUCAGUGGAGCGUAGCGGAGGAGCGCUGGGUGAAGAUCGGAGACGUGGUGGGGGGGUCGUCCCAAAACAGAUCAGAGAGGACCAUGUACGAGGGCAAGGAGUAUGAUUUUGUCUUCACUAUUGAUGUGAAUGAGGGCGGUCCCAGUAUGAAGCUUCCGUAUAACGUGACUGAUGACCCCUGGUUGACAGCACACAACUUCCUGCAGAAGAACGACCUGAGCCCCAUGUUCUUAGACCAGGUGGCCAACUUCAUCAUCGAGAAUACCAAGGGACACACACUAGGCACUGGAACGCCAUCCAGCGACCCCUUCACAGGUGCUGGACGGUACGUACCUGGAGCCUCAAACCAGGGACCCGGAUCAGGAGCUGACCCCUUCACAGGAGCAGGCAGAUACAUACCAGGGACAGGACCAACACACACAGGAGGCAGCGGGGUAGCGGACCCCUUCACAGGUGGCAGUGCCUACUCCUCCGCUGGCUCCAGACAGACCAACAGCAGUUCUAGUUCCAAUAUCUAUUUCCCCAAAGCAGAGGGGGUCACCUUCGAACAGGCCAACGCAACACAGAUCACAGCUAAGCUGCGUGAGUUGAACUCCUCUGCUCCUGGGGAGGUGCGGUUGCCAGAGGAGGUGCUGGUGAGCCUGGAGCGCCUCCUGCAGGCCGUUAGUGAUAGCACACAGCAGACCACACCCUCAGAUGAGCAGAUAGAAGCCCUGCUGAAGAGCACACACUGGCCAGAAGACAUCGUGUUCCCCGUGUUGGACAUCUUGCGCCUGGCAGUGCGCCACCCGGAGGUCAACUCGCGCCUGUGCAGCGGCACGGGGGGCGUGUCCCUGUGUAACCACCUGCUCUCCCUCAUGAGCCCCGGCGGCCGUCCGGCCAAUCAGAUGCUGGCCCUCCGCACGCUCUGCAACUGCUUCUCGGCGGCCGCCGGCCGGGCGCUCCUAUUGGCCCAGAGGGAGGCGGUGCUAAGCCACGCCUCCGACCUGCGCGCGGCGUCCAAUAAGAACGUGCACGUGGCCCUGGCCACCCUGGUGCUGAACUACGCCGGCGCGCUGCUCGGGCGAGCGGCCGGCUCGGAGCUGGAGGGCAAAGCGCAGUGUCUGUCGGUGGCCUCGGCCGCGCUGGAGUGCGUGACGGACAGGGAGGCCGUGUUCCGACUGCUGGUCGCCUUGGGAACCACGGUGGCGGGGGACGGCACGGCCAAGGAGCUGGCGCGCUCGCUAGGGGUGGCCUCGCAGAUCCACAAGUACGCAGGCGUCACCGAGCCCGCUAAAGUGGGAGAGUGCUGCAGGCUACUGCUCAACCAGCUGGAGUAGCGCACACACACACACACACACACACACACACACACACACACACACACACACACACACAC